UGAGUUUCUACAUUUAUGGACAAAUAAGAAAACACAUAGUUUCAGGUACAAAACCGAUAUGAUUUGGAAUGAACCCAUGAACCAUCAUGACCAUUGUUAUUUUUGUUUGGUGAAAAUAACUGGUAUUAACCGAAAAAAUAGAGUUAAAUGGGAAUAUCCUUCCAUACAAUCAGCACAUAGACGUGACCUGAGCACUAAGUCUACACCUGAACCUCAAUCUGGUACUUUACAGCAAGAGACAGAAGAUUUUAAGACGAAAGAGGACAGUAGUGAUAGUGACUUUAAAUGCGACCUGGGAACGCCAAAACCAUUUAGUCAAGAUCAUUUAAACGACUUAGAGAUUACCGCACAAGAGAACAAAAUUUCCUCAAACAUUUUGCUAAAGAAGACAAUUUCGUAUUUUGUAAAGAUGUACCUGGAUUAA